AUGCCUUACCUAGUUCGCGAGAAUCUCUUCAUCAGCAACAUCAACGACGCUGCACAGAUUCUCCAAAACGCCGCCGUUCAACACAAAAUCACCCACAUCCUCUCCGUUCUCAGCUCCGCUUCCAUCUCCUUCUUCUCCGAAUGGCGUUCCACUAUCUCCAUCCCCGUCAAAGAGAUUUCCAAACUUCACGUCUCCGACCUCCCUUCCGCCGCUAAGUCCGCUCUCUCGCCGGACAAACUCCUCUACUCACUCGAGUACGCCGGUAAGGACCUCAACCUCGUGAGGAUGGCGGUUCCUCUUAAGGAUACAGAGAGCGAGAAUUUGUUGGAUUACCUUGAAGUUUGCAUCGAUUUCAUUGAUCGGAGUAGGAAGGAAGGUGCAGUUUUGGUUCACUGUUUUGCAGGUGUUUCUAGAAGUGCAUCGGUUAUUACUGCGUAUUUGAUGAGAAGCGAGAAUCUGUCACUAGAAGAUGCACUUGAAUCGUUAAAGCAGAGCUGUGAAUUUGUUUGCCCCAAUGAUGGUUUUCUAGAGCAGUUGAAAAUGUUUGAGGAGAUGGGUUUCAAGGUUGAUCAGUCUAGCCCUAUAUACAAGCGUUUUCGUCUAAAAGUACUAGGUGAGAAUCAUUUCGCAGGGUCAAGGAUAGACAGUUCUAAACUUGGUGCAGAUCCUGGCAUGCUUGUUGAAACAUCUUCAGAGCCAAAAGAAGCUACUAAAGUAGAUAAUAACCGUAGCCCUACAUACCGUUGUAAGAAGUGCCGUCGGAUUGUUGCAUUGCAAGAACAUGUUGUAGAUCAUACUCCUGGUGAGGGUGAGGCAUCCUUUGGUUGGCACAAAAGGAGAGGUGGCAAUCCUUUUAACAAGUCGAAUGAAUCUGAGUGUUCGUCCAUAUUUAUUGAGCCUCUACGGUGGAUGAAAGAUGUUGAGGAAGGCGCGAUGGAGGGAAAGCUGUGCUGUGCUCAUUGUGAUGCCCGCUUGGGAUACUUCAAUUGGUCAGGCAUACAAUGCAGCUGUGGAAGCUGGAUAACCCCAGCUUUCCAACUUCACCAAAGCCGGGUAGAUAUAAGCCCUGUGUAA